UGGAGACAAUUUUGUUUCUUUGACUUUGGACAGAUGGCAAUCAUAGUUAUAGCUUUGUGUGUGCUGAUCUUAUAUCUUUUGAAAAGGACAAGGGACUAUCAGUUAUUUUCAACGACAAAAAAUGUCAAUAAAACAACGUCAUCAAAGUACAAAUCUACUCCAGAAACCACAAACCUAGCGCGGGUAGCAAGACUUAUCCUUGGUCCAUGCACAGAUCUGCUGCGUGAUAUUCUCAAAAGAAACUUAGCGCCUUUCAAUUUAUCAAAAACUGUCAAAACUUGGGUUGAUGAUUUAAAAAAGAAGAAACAGAAUAGUCCUCUAAAUAAACAACAAAUUGCUCUCAUCUUUCCGCUGCCAACCAAACAUUAUGGCGGGGAUUAUUCAGAUUUUGACAUUAGUUUGCUUUAUAUUCUUCUACGUAACGUGUGUAAAAUAACUCCACACAAUAACGGAUGGGGAGAAGAACCCGAUCCAACGGACAAUAGUGUAUCUGCCAACAUAGAAAGAAUCAGACUAACGAGAAACAAGUACUAUGGACAUGCAGCAGAUUUUUCUCUUUCAGAUUUAAACUUUAUAAAGGAAUGGCAAAACAUUUACAAUAUUACUGUUGAGUCAGAACAACACACUGGAACUUUGCCCUUUUAUAAAGAUGCUGUGAACAAUAUAAGAACAUGUUCCAUGGAUCCAGAAAUAGAGGCCAAAUACAUUGAUAAACUUUUACUUAUCGAUGAAUUGUGCAAAACGGUUCAAAGUCAUGCAGAUAAAAUCGAGGAACUACUGUAUGUUAUCCCUCCAAAUGUUAAAGAUCUUCAUGAAAGACAAGUGAUAAAAUGGAGAGAAGAAGAUGAUGUUUACAGUGAAACUCACACUUUCCAAGUGAUGCUGAAUAAAGUCAGGAGACAACCUUAUAUGACAUUUGUUGGUGUACCGGGAUCUGGAAAAUCAGCAACGAUUCACCACAUAGCCCUGAUACUCCAGAAGGAAGGUUAUGAGGUUGUGCCAAUUAUAGACAUCAGUGAGAUUUGCCGUUAUUUUGACUCCCAUAAUCCUCAGGUUUUUGUCAUUGAUGAUGUGGUAGGUGUGUUGGGUCUUCAAAAACAAAAGUUGGAGACUUUAGUUGACUAUGAAAAAAUUAUUUCAGAUCUUUCAAGACAUACAAAGGUACUGAUGUCAUGCAGGGAAGCUGUAUUUAAUGAAUGCUACAAAUCUUUUUUCUCAAAUAAGGAAAAUGUAAUCAAAAUGUUAAGUUCAGAAAAUGCAUUGAAUGAUGAUGACAAAAAAGAUAUUCUUCAGAAACAUGGCUUGGAUAAAGAUUUAUUGUCCUCUACAUUACUUAGAGAAGCAUCGCCAAUGUUUCCUUUGUUGUGUAAACUAUACUCAAAAGAGGAGAAAUUUAGAAACAAUGUUGAACGUUUUUUUACCUGUCCAGGUAGAUACAUUUCAGAGGAAUUUGACAAAAUGAAAGAACAAAAUAGAUUACAUUAUGCUUCGUUGGUCUUAUGCCUGUUAAAUGACAAUAAAUUAUCAGAAGAAAUAAUACAAGACACAGAGAAUACGGUUUUCUGUGAAAUUAAAUCAAAAGCAUUAAAUAGUUGUAAAGUAAGAAGUUACACAGACGUUUUUGAAUUUGUUGAUGCAUUAUCAGUAAUGGAGGGGACAUAUACUAAACUCUGUAGUUCUGAGUAUACUUUUAUUCAUGACUCUGUGUUUGAAAUUAUUGCUCAUCAUUUUGGUUCUCAGUUCCCAAAUCUCAUUUUACAAUUCAUGAGUAGUAGUUAUAUUGCUAACUACGUAAAGCUUCAAAAAGAUGAAAUGCUUGAAUUAGAGAAUGAAAAUAAGCAAGAGAGUGAAAAUGUUGCAGUCAGUAGUUGGGAUAAAAAUGAAAUCAACACUGCUUGUGAAAGUUUACAAAACGAUGAGAAGGAGACUUUAAGUGCUAAAAACAGUGAUUGUAUGGAGUCAUUUGAUCUGUGUAUAAGGUUGAGAGAGGAGCAAUACUCUAUGUUUGCAGAGCGUUUAUUCAGAGAUAUAGAAAAUAUGGAACUUUAUGAUGUUUUUAUGAAUAAUGUUUUAAAACACCCGAAGGUAUGUCAGGCUUUUAUUGAGGUGUUGAAAACAAAGUCCCAUACCGAGUUAAAGUCUUUAUUUCUGUCUGUACAGAAAGACGUGUCUAAUGUAGUGAGUACAGGAGAGCGUGUGAGGGAGGAAAGUAGAAAGAGGGAUAUAAGGAGCAGGGAGUGGUGCAGACAGAGAUUGUUGGUUAAUGAGAAUUUUAUAAAAGGAAGAACAUUCAGUGUGAGGGUAAUCAGUUGGGUGAUUUACUAUGGACACAAUCAGAUCCUACAAUAUAUUUUAAAAGAAACCGAGUGUGAACUAUUUUUGAGUUCUUUUAAUCCUGAUUUAAACUAUUCAAAAAAUUAUGGGGAAAUGAGCUUGGCAGCAAAUAAUUCAACAAAUUUAUGGUCAUUCAGCUUCUUCGACAUUGAUGGAUCUAUUUCUGAACAACAACGUUUAUUGCUGCUGAGUUGUUACAAUGGAAAUUUAGAAAUUGUGAGAAUAUUUAUUGAUUAUCUGAAAAGAAAUGCAAUUGACAUGUGGUCUCAAUAUUUGAAUUCUGAUAAAAUGACUGAUGAUACACCACUUAAAGCUGCAUGCGAGAGUGGACAUCUGAAUGUGGUAAAGGAGCUGAUAGAGGCAGGGGCUGAUGUUAAUUCACACGAAGAAUAUGGAACGCCAUUGACUCUUGCAUGUAAGUAUGGAUAUAUGACGAUUGUAGAGGAGCUGCUCAGGGCAGGUGCUAAUAUUAAUCCACCAACUGAGUUUGAUACACCACUAACAUGUGCAUGUGAAAAUGGACAUAUGGAUAUAGUGAAGGAUCUGUUGGGGGCAGGUGCUAAUGUCAAUUACCAAGGUAAACGUAAAACACCACUGAUAGCAGCGUGUAGGGGUGGGCAUGUGAAUGUAGUGAAGGAGCUGCUAAGGGCAGGAGCCGAAGUUAAUCUAAACGGUGAGUUUGCUACACCACUGACAACUGCAUGUAAAUGUGGACAUAUAAAUUUAGUGAGGCAGCUGCUAGGGAAAAGGGCUGAUGUAAAUCCAGAAGGUGUAUUUGAUUCACCGCUGAUAGAAGCAUGUAGGGGUGGAUAUUUGGUUGAACUUUUCGGUAUAGAUGCAUCUAAGGGCGAAUAUGUAUGUAUAGUGAAGGAGUUACUUCGGGCAGGUGCUGAUGUAAAUCGACAAGAUGAAUUUGAUACACCAUUAACAGCAGCAUGUGGGGGUGGACAUAUGAGUAUAGUGAAGGAGCUGCUCGGUGCCGGAGCUGAUGUUAAUCUACAAGGUAAAAAUGAUACUCCGUUGACAGCAGCAUGUAAUUUUGGAGAUGAAAGUAUAGUGAAGGAAUUAAUCGGGGCAGGGGCUGAUGUGAAUUUAGAAGGUGAUAAUGAUACACCAAUGACAGCAGCAUGUAAGGGUGGAUAUGAGAGUAUAGUGAAGGAGCUGCUAAGGGCAGGGGCUCAUGUUAAUUCACACAGUGAACUUAAUAAUCCGCUUACAGCAGCAAUUAAUGGUGGAUAUGUGAAUUUAGUAAAGGAGCUAAUAAGGACAGGGGCCGAUGUUAAUUUACAAAGUAAAAUUGAAACACCGCUAACAGCAGCAGCUAAUGGUGAAGAUAUAGGUAUAAUGAUGGACCUGAUAAAAGCAGGGGCUAAUGUUAACAUAGAGGGUAUGUUUAAAACACCACUGAUUGGAGCAUGUGAAGGUGGACAUUUGAGCGCAGUGAAGCAGCUGCUAGAGGCAGGAGCUGAUGUUAAUCUGAAAGGUGAGCUUUAUACACCACUGAUAUCAGCAUGUCGUGGUGGAUAUUUGAGUAUAGUGAAUGAAUUGCUAAAGGCAGGAGCAGAUGUCAAUCUACAAGGAGAUGAUGAUUCACCACUGACAGCAGCAUCUGAACAAGGACAUAUAGAUAUAGUGAAAGAACUGCUACAGGCAAGAACUGACAGAUAUUCAAAAGGCCAAUUUUAUAAACUACCAAUAACAGCAAAUGAAGACAUUUAUAUGAGUUUAAGGAAGAAGCGUCUUCAGACAGAAUCUGAUUUCAUUCUGAAAUAUGCAUAUUGCAAAUCAUUGAUAGCAGCAUGCCAUGAUGGAAAUAUUAGUGUAGUAAAAAAGCUAUUAAAUGCAGGAACUGAUGUUAAUCCACGAGGUCGAUAUUAUACACCACUGAAAGCAGCCUGUCGUGGUGAACAUCUUAAUUUAGUAAAAGAAUUGCUAGAAGCAGGGGCUGAUGUUAAUCAAAAAGGUAAUUAUGAUACACCACUGACAGUAGCAUGUGAGGGUGGACAUCUGAAUAUAGUGAAGGAGCUGCUAAGGACAGGUGCCGAUGUUAAUCUGCAAGGUGAAAAUUCCACACCACUGACAGCAGCAUGUGGUAGUGGACAUAUCAGUGUUGUAAUCGAGUUGUUAGAGGCAGGGGCUAGUGUCAAUUUACCAGGUAAUUGUGAUACACCACUGACGGCAGCGUGUAAAAGUGGAUAUAUGAAUAUAGCGAGAAAACUUCUUGAGGCAGGGAGUGAUGUUAAUAUGCAGGAUAAGGAAGGCAGAAACCCUAUUUAUACAGUUGUUUUCCAAAAUAAAACGUUCAUUCCUGCUGUCAUACGAAUGUUCAAUUAUAACAGUGCAGACGCAACUAUCAGUAAUAAAUACGGUAUUUCAGCACUCUAUAUUGCCCUAAUUAGAAAUAAAAUGUGUGUUGUAAAACAGUUAUUAGAAAACAAAAAUGAAAGUCAGAUGAAUACACUGAGGUUACAUUUGUUUGAGUGUUUGGUAAAUAUUAAACGCGGUGACGUGAUGACUGAUAGUAAGGAUGACGUGGUGGUGACACGGAGAAGAGUGUUGCGUAUGAAGGCACUGGGAGAAUUACAUAUUGCAGUCCUAGAAAGUGAGUGUAAGGUUCUUAAACAUCUUUUAGAUGUGGGUCUUGAUGUCAAUCAGUUGAUACAGUUCUAUGAUGCGUUUGAAGUGAGACCCCUGUUGAAUGCAGUGAUUGAUGUGUCUUUAAGACAUCGUUUGAAUAGGGUGAGGAUCCUCCUGGAGUCGGGGGCGGAUGUCAAUGUCAGGGUGAGGUACAGAGAGUAUGAUUCUGUGUUAGACAGGGAAGGGGUGACUGUGUUAGAGAGAAUACGACGAAAGAUGAGUUGUUUAAGACAGGAUGAUAAUAUGGUCCGAAGAAGUGAAUGGAUUAGCCACAAGAUAAUGCUUAAUGCGGUGAAGAAACGCAUGAGGAGAUAUUCGAGGUAAAAGGUAUUUAGGACUCCAUAUCCUUCCAGUAUAAUUUUUUUUCUAUGUAUAUUUAUAUCAAAAACAUAAACCAUUGUUAAGUACAUCUGGUAAUUUUAUAAUAUAGGGGGCUCUACCAAUGUUUUAUUUACUAGUGUUCCCAUUUGCAGUGUGUAUUAUAGAAUGAACAUUAAAAUGUCUUACUGUGCAUGAAUGAGAUUAAUAUCGUUUGUAAACUUAACUCAUUUUAAUAUACCAGUAUAAUUGGUAAACUUCAAGCUUUGUAUAUUUAU